AUGCCGGAUUCUUGCGAGGUCGGAGACCUCAGCGGAAAGUACGGCAUGGUUGCGGGAGACAUGAUCCUCUCAGGAUUCCUGGACAUGUACACAUCCAUGAACCCGAACAACGUGGCAUUUGUGGGAAAUCGGAGCUUGAUUCUCCACAACUACGCCGGUGAGCGAAUUGCCUGCGCAAACUUUAAGCCGCUCAAGCUAUCCCCGGACCAAACGUGUGUAGAGGAUCCCUGGCUGUCAGGGAGGAAGAGGAAGCAGAGCCAGAGCCAGUUGAGGGCGAAACAGGUCAAGAUGAACCAGUAG